AUGGCUUCUUUGCAGUCGGCGCCUACUAUGGCGCCUGGCAAUUAUGCCUUGCCUGCGAACUUGACCCAGCAGCAUGUCCAGGAGGUUCUGCAGAAAUUCAAGCAGAUGCAGGAGCAAGGUGUCAACCCUAAUGACCCUGAAUAUAUCAAGGCCCACCAGCUUCUUGCGACUAUUCAGCGCCAGCAAUUGAUGAAACAGAAGCAGCGCCAGCAGCAGGCUCAACAAGCCCAGCAGCAGGUUGCCCACCCGGUGAAUGUUAACCAGAAUGGUGCCGGCCCUGAUGCCGCCACCAAUGGAGUACACGCCCGGAAUGCUUCGACCUCGUCGAUGUCUGGAGCCACCCACGACACACAAACUGGUACCCCCCAGUCGAACGCGAACCGGAAGGGUGCAACAGUCGGUAGUGGAAGCUUCUCACCAGAGCAGCUGGCUACACUUCGAAACCAAAUAAUGGCUUUCAAGACGCUCUCCAAAAACCAGCGUAUCGCACCGGCUCUCCACCAGCAACUUUUCCCGGCGAAGAAACCACAGACACCCACCAUUGCGGACAAAAUUUCAGCAGCAGAGAAGGUCGUGGAUGGGUCUGACAAGAAUGCUACUGGGCCGACUACCGAAGUCGACGGAGUUAUUCCCGGCAAGGACUCCUACAGCAGAUAUCAGCUUGACGAGACUGCCCUCCACAAGCUCAUCAACUUCGAGGGCCACAAGCACCGCAUCAAUCGCCCCCGCAUCCCUGCUUUCGAAUGCAGCGGUAUUGACUGGCGCCAGCUCCGAGAGAACCGCGAAGCCCUUGUUUACAACCGCAUGUCAGCUCGCAUGAAGGAGCUCGAGCAGCUUUCGGCCAACAUUGGUGUCUGGGAUACCAGCAAAAGUGACGCACCCACAGGCGACGAUUCCUUGAAGCUGAAGGCUCUCAUUGAGCUCAAGUCGUUGGGUCUGCGGGCCAAGCAGCAGGCGCUGCGUGAGAAGGUUCGCCGCACCGGAUUCGACGCUAGCGAGACGAAUCAGACGAAUCGUGCCGUUCAUCGUCGUAUGAAGCGCCCCUCGCUACGCGAGGCACGAAUCACCGAGAAGCUCGAGAAGCAGCAACGUGAUGCUCGCGAGACGCGGGAGAAGAAGAAGCAGUACGAUCAGCUUCAGGCCAUCCUCACUCACGGCGCUGAACUUUUCUCUGCUUCCCAUGCAAACCGCGGUCGUGUCACCAAGCUUGGCCGUAUGAUGAUCCAGCAUCACCAGCACAUGGAGCGCGAGGAGCAGAAGCGUGUUGAGCGUACCGCCAAGCAACGUCUGCAAGCUCUGAAGGCCAACGACGAGGAGACCUACCUGAAACUCUUGGGACAAGCCAAGGAUUCGCGUAUUUCCCACUUGCUUGGACAGACCGAUAAGUUCUUGAAAGAGCUUGCCAACUCCGUCAGACAGCAACAGCGCAAUCAAGCUGAGCGCUACGGCGAUCAUGAAGACUUCGAGGACGAGGAUGAAGAGAUCGCCGACAGCGACGAAGAUGAUGAUGGCACCUCUGGAAAGAAGAAGGUCGACUACUAUGCUGUGGCUCAUCGUAUCCAAGAGACGGUCACGGAGCAGCCGUCAAUCCUUGUUGGUGGUACCCUCAAAGAGUACCAGUUGAAGGGUCUGCAGUGGAUGAUCUCGCUCUACAACAACAACCUGAACGGUAUUCUUGCAGAUGAAAUGGGUCUUGGAAAGACCAUUCAGACCAUCAGUCUGAUCACUCACAUCAUUGAGAAGAAGAGGAAUAACGGACCCUUCCUGGUCAUUGUGCCUCUCAGUACGCUGACCAACUGGAACUUGGAGUUUGAGAAGUGGGCACCAUCCGUCACGAAGGUGGUCUACAAGGGUCCGCCCAAUGCUCGCAAGCAGCAGCAACAGCAAAUUCGCUGGGGCAACUUCCAGGUUCUCCUGACCACUUACGAGUAUAUUAUCAAGGAUCGUCCCAUUCUCUCCAAGAUCAAGUGGGCACACAUGAUUGUCGAUGAGGGUCAUCGUAUGAAGAACGCCAGCUCCAAGCUGAGCAGCACCUUGUCGACAUACUACCACACUCGGUACCGCUUGAUUCUGACUGGUACCCCGCUGCAGAACAACUUGCCCGAAUUGUGGGCGCUUCUCAACUUCGUCCUGCCGAACAUCUUCAAGUCCGUCAAGUCGUUUGAUGAAUGGUUUAACACGCCGUUCGCCAACACUGGUGGUCAAGAUCGCAUGGACCUAACCGAAGAAGAGCAGCUGCUCGUUAUCCGUCGUCUGCAUAAGGUUCUCCGUCCAUUCUUGCUCCGUCGUCUGAAGAAGGAUGUCGAGAAGGAUCUUCCCGACAAGCAAGAGCGCGUCGUCAAGUGCCGCUUCUCUGCCCUGCAGACCCGCCUCUACAAGCAAUUGGUCACCCACAAUAAGAUGGCCGUUAGUGACGGCAAGGGUGGUAAGACCAAUGUGCGUGGUCUCAGCAACAUGCUCAUGCAGCUGCGUAAGCUUUGCAAUCAUCCGUUCGUUUUCGAGCCCGUUGAGGAUCAAAUGAACCCCAGCCGCAUGACCAACGACCUUCUUUGGCGAACGGCCGGAAAGUUCGAGCUGCUUGACCGAGUCUUGCCCAAGUUCCGUGCCACUGGCCAUCGUGUCUUGAUGUUCUUCCAGAUGACUCAGAUCAUGAACAUCAUGGAAGAUUUCCUUCGCAUGCGAGGCCUCAAGUAUCUCCGUCUGGACGGUUCUACCAAGUCGGACGAUCGUUCGGACCUUCUCAAGAUCUUCAAUGAACCCGGUUCUGAUUAUUUCUGUUUCUUGCUUUCAACCCGUGCUGGUGGUCUGGGUCUGAACUUGCAGACUGCCGAUACUGUCAUCAUUUACGAUUCGGAUUGGAAUCCUCACCAGGAUUUGCAAGCCCAGGAUCGUGCCCAUCGUAUUGGACAGAAGAAUGAGGUCCGCAUUUUGCGGCUGAUCAGUUCCAACUCGGUCGAGGAGAAGAUUUUGGAACGUGCCCAGUUCAAGCUUGACAUGGACGGUAAGGUCAUUCAGGCCGGAAAGUUCGAUAACAAGUCCACCAACGAAGAGCGUGACAAAUUCCUCCGCAACCUUUUGGAGUCUACGGAAGAUACGGAGCAGCUUGGUGACCAGGAGGAGAUGGAGGAUGAUGACCUGAACGAGAUCAUGGCUCGUUCGGAAGAGGAGCUUGUGCUCUUCCAGCAGAUGGACAGAGAGCGUGAGAAGAAUGAUGAAUAUGGUCCUGGCCGUCGUUACCCUCGUUUGAUGUGUGAUGAGGAGUUGCCCGAUAUCUACGUUCAAGAAGACGCUCCGAUUGCCGAGGAGCCUGUGACCGAGGUUUACGGUCGUGGUGCUCGUGAACGCAAGGUCAAGCGAUAUGAUGAUGACAUCCCGCUCGAGGAGUGGACCAAGCUCGUGGCCGAAUGCGAGGAAACUGGCGCGUCAAUUGAUGAUGUGGUCGAGCAGUACUUGCAAGAACGAGAAGAUCGCAAGAUCAGAAAGGAGAAGAGGAAGCUCAAGGCGCAAGGUGUGGUUGAGUCCUCGCCCGAACCCGAACCCGUCGAAAACGAUGAGACACCUCCACGGAAACGUCGCCGUGGUCCUGCUCCCUCCAAACGCAAGGCCGAAGAAGUCGCAGAGGAGACGCCACAGCCCAAGCGCAAGAGGGGUCGUCAACCCAAGAUUCCGGAUACUCUGAGUAGCUCCGACCGGUCCAUCUUGAACAGUAUUGUCAACAGUGUGAUGCAGUCAUUGAAAGACAUGACCGAAGAGGUGGAGCUGGAUGAGUCUGACGGCGAGGAGGGUGGCACGGUUCUGCGUUCGAUCAUUGAACCGUUCAUGAAGCCUCCUCCUCGCUCCCAGUAUCCCGACUAUUAUAAAAUCAUCCAUAAUCCUAUUGCGGUGGAGAUGAUCGAGAGGAAAAUUAAGCGUGACGACUACCAGGGCUUGAAGGAGUUCCGGGACGACAUUCACCUACUUUGCCAGAAUGCUCGGACAUUCAACGAGGAUGGAAGCUUGCUCUUCCAGGAUGCCAAUGACAUUGAGGCUAAAUGCGUGAGCGAAUUGAAGAAGCUGACCGCGGAUCAUCCCCAAUUCGCCAACUUCGACGUUUCCGACUCCGUUGUUGGCGAUGGCCUGUCAACAGGUGCUCCCUCUGGCACCGCAACUCCCCAGACUGCCGGCACCCCUGGACAGCCCAGAUUGAAGCUUACAUUCAAUAAUCCUAACGCCGCUGAAAGUGCCACCAGCGCCGCCACAAGCACAGUGAACGGUGCAGACGCUGAUGAAGACUGA